AUGAGGCCAACUCGAAAUUCACGUGGAAGAAGAUUGGAAGAGCCGAUUGAAGAGGAGGAGGAGCAGCAGCAGCAGCAGCAUCAGCCAGAAGCGGAGCCCGGGAAACGUGUCGCUUCAGAAAUCAGGUUCCGUUCGAAAGGAACCAUGUUUCUCCCGGACAUCCCUGUGAGCAGCCACAAGGAACCACAAGUGAGUUGUUAAUUAUGUAUGAACAGAAAAUUGUUUCGCAUCUGAAUGUUUCGUUCAAGAACAUACAUUUCUAGUAUUAUACUUGUCUUAAAGCAUCUCCCUGAUUUUGAAAACCAGACAAAACACAAUUGUUUUUUUCAGAAGAGGAAAAGAUCGAAGAAGAUCACCCCUCGGGAGUUGACACCACCAAUAAACCCGAGGAAAACCAGAGCUCAACUUCUUAUUGAAAAAAAAGCUGAACUUGCAGCUGCCAAGAAAAAAGAGGAAACUCAAUGUCAAGAAAGUUUGAAAAAUAGUCGGAGCUUGUCGGUGGAUUCGGGAUCCAAAUGCGAAACAAGACGGAAACGACGAUUUUGCACAACCGAGGAAACGGGAAGCCCAGUUGAAGAUUUUGAAUCGGCGGAUGAAGAAGGAUCCUCCGAAGGAACUCCAGUAUUCUUCCCAGACAAAAACAGACCUUUGGUUGUCCAACUGAAACGCUUGCUAGAAAGGAAGACUGUGGACGAGGCAUCGAAUGAUGAACCGCGAAAGAAAAAAAGAAAAUCGAAAUCAGUUGUUGAAGAAGUAUCACCAAAUGGAUAUGACAAAGACAAAGCUACUUCUCCAGAAUCACAAGAUCUUGAUAUCGAAAUAAAUGAAAAAAGAGUUGUUGAAGAAUAUGAAGAUGAAGAUAUUCAACUUAUAUAUGAAGGACCAGGAGAAUUGUUCGGUAAGUUAAUUUUUAAUUCUCAUUUUCGAAAAAAGUAUCAUUUUUUUUCAGAACAACAUCAAACUAGACGAAGAAGAAGAAAAAUAACUAGAACGAUUGACCAAGAAUGUGAUUCUGGGCAUCAAUCCUUCGAAUCAACAUCGCAAGCUACUUCGUUUUUGUCCAAUUCUGGAAGAUGUUCAUCAGAUUUACAUGAAAAUUUGAGCGGAUAUGAAGAUGGCGGAUAUGAAUUGUCAUUAACAGGUUGCUCCUCACCGCUCCAUUUACCACGUGGUUUGUUUUUUUUUCCGGAAUGUUUAUCUAUGACAAAUUGGUUACAUUUUCAGAAACACAAGAAGAAGGAGAAGAGGAUAAUGAUAUUCGAGGACAACACUUUGAAGAACCAGAAGAAUCUGCUUCUGAAGUCGUGGAAGUUCUGCUUGAGGUAUGAUUUUUUGAAAAAAUAUCAUACAUUUUCAAUUAUUUCAGAAUCGAGUUGAUGGAGAAUUGGAACCAUCACAAGAUGUGAGAAUUGGUGAGACGAAUUCCGAAAAUACUUAUCAAAAUGAUCUGCAGGUAAUUUUUUUAACAAGUUGGGUGAACCAUGGAAAUAGUUUAAAGUUUUAUAAAAAAAUUAGAAAACAAUAUGAACUUUUUUCUCGAGUUCCAAACAGUUCUUUGGGAAACUCCUCUUUGCGGUUAUACUAAAAUUGACCAAAAAACUAAUUCAACUCUUUCCACCUUCCAAAAAAUUGAAACCUACAUUUUAGAAUCCAAAAAAGAUCAACAACCAAGCACUCGAAAGAAGCGAAUAUUUGGAAUCGACGGACAAAAAUGAUCAACAAAUUCAAAAUAUGAAAUCACAAGUUCCUAUUUUUUCGAAUGUGAUCAAGUUCGCAAAAAAUGGUGUGGUUUCGAACUGUGAAAUGGCGUUUGCUCCAAGAGAGGUAAGAAAUGUUCAAAACAGUUCAAGUAAGACAAACCUUGAAUUCCAGAAUUUACCAACCACAAGUGGAAUGUGGACAAGAGAUUUGCUUGAUACAAGCGAAUAUUUGAGUGCGAUUGUUUCGCCGGAAGAAAAUGUUAUGAUUGAAAAUGUAAGUCAACUAGUGGUGAAAAAAAUUGAGAAAAUAAAUGAAUAUUUUAGGAUCAAUCAACAUUCGAACAAUCGCGUGAAGCUCCAACAAACCAUCACCAACAAUUAGUGAACCAAGACUCGAUGCCAAUGUUAAACAUUUCGGAAAGCGAAAAAGAUGAUUCCGAAAUCAUCAUUUCGCCAAAAAAUUCAAAUUACGGAAUUAACAUUGAUGAUUCGGUUCAUGUUCAAAACGUUGCUUCAUCAUCAAAACAAUCUACUUUGGAAUCAUGCUCUUUCUCAAUUGAAAAUAUUCUCAAAAAUCAAAACCAGAAUUUGCAAAAACGUUGGUUUCAGUUUUUUAUCAAAGAUGGUUUGCUAGACUACAUACAAGUUGAAACUCCAGAAAGAUCGAGGAAUGCGCUGAUCAUUCCAAAAAAUGAAAAUCAAGCAGCAGAUGUCGAUCUGAAAUCGAUCAAUAACAUUUUCAUUGAAUUCGAUGACUCGAAAAAUCCAAUUCCGAUUUCAUUUUUGUCACAAAUUAGCAAAAUAUUACAUCCUAAUCAAACUUAA